AUGCAGAAAUUAGCCACUACGCAUUGGGAAACUAAUUGCAAUAGUGAUACAAGUGAAGCAACCUCUAGAAUUAAAUGGGCAGUUGAUUUUUGCAAUGAAUAUUUUAAUAACCAUUUGUAUAAGAAGUAUCGGGAUAAAGAAAUAUUAAUUUCGCAGAAUAUUGGUCUGCAAGUAGACCUCGAAGAAUCAUUCUCUGACCCUAUUAAACUGCUUGAUGUAGGCAGUUGCUAUAAUCCUUUUAAUGUAUAUAAGAUAUUUGAUGUAUUAGCUAUAGAUUUGUACCCUGCCAAUUCUUCUGUUUUGAAAUGUGACUUUUUAAAUGUAGACAUUGGAAAUUGCCACCUAAUAAACGAGUCUUCUGCAACUCAAUUACAGAAAGAGUCAUUUGAUGUUAUAACUUUUUGCUUUCUCCUUGAAUACAUACCUUCAUCUGAGUUGAGAAUUUCAGCAUGCGAGAAUGCUUACAAGCUUCUGAAACCUGGUGGGAUCCUUAUUAUCAACACUCCUGAUUCUAAACAUGUUGGAGCAAAUAGCAAGAUUAUGAAAUGCUGGAGAUACACUUUGGCUCAAAUUGGGUUCAAUAGAAUAAAGUAUGAAAAAGCCAAGUUCAUGCAUUGUAUGGCUUUUAGAAAAUCAUUGAAGAAAGAAAUAGCUCAACGAUGGGCAUUGUUAUAUAAAGAACCAUAUAUGGAAUAUGCCAUCCACAUACCUCAAGAUUCCAAUGUUAUAGAAGAAGCAUUUGAUGUAACACAACCCAACAAAGAUACUGUUCUACAUAAUCUAACCAAUUUACAAGAGUUGCCUUUCCAAUAA